AGUGUUUUUGACUCAUCAGUAUACUUGUUCUUUGUCUCUCUCUCUCUCUCUCCUCCCUGUCUCUCUCUCUCUCUGUCUGUAUCUCUGUCCUCUGCUCUGCGAAAGAGAAGAAGCAAAUAAAUUCAGACACGAAACCAAACUCUAAAUCCUCGCGCAGACCCACAACCCACCCACUUCUCUGUUUUCGGGUCACGUGAUCCGGAUCCUCCGAUCUGACCAACCCAACUCGCCCGAUCCGAUUCCAUUUUCCGCAUUACCGAUGACUCGGAGGUGCUCGCAUUGCAGCCACAAUGGCCACAACUCCCGGACGUGUCCGAAUCGAGGGGUCAAGCUCUUCGGCGUUCGCUUGACCGACGGCUCCAUCAGGAAGAGCGCUAGUAUGGGCAAUCUGACCCACUAUGCGGGGUCGGGUUCGGGUCUCCUCCCUAACAAUCCGGAUUCUCCUGGCGACACCACCAACGACCAUGCUGCUGCCGACGGCUACGCCUCUGAGGACUGCGUGCCCGGAUCGUCUUCGAGCCGCGAACGCAAAAAAGGCACUCCAUGGACUGAAGAGGAACAUAGGAUGUUUUUACUCGGACUGCAGAAGCUUGGUAAAGGUGAUUGGCGUGGAAUCGCUCGCAAUUAUGUCAUAUCAAGAACACCUACUCAAGUGGCUAGCCAUGCUCAGAAAUAUUUUAUUAGGCAGACUAAUGUGUCAAGGAGGAAAAGACGUUCCAGCCUCUUUGAUAUUGUAGCAGAUGAUUCAGUUGAAACCCAAAUGGAACCACUGGACUUCUUACAUGGUAACUAUCCAGAAGCUGAAACUCAAGGCAACAAUCCAUUGCCUGCUCCUCCGCCUUUGGAUAAAGAAUGCGAAUCAAUGGACUCCACCAACUCAGAUGGAGAACAGGCCGCUCCAAAUCCCGAUAGCUCAGAGUCAUAUUACCCAAUGGUAUAUCCUGCGUAUUUCUCCCCUUUCCCAAUUCCUUAUCCCUUGUGGCCUGGAUACACUACUGAGCCCACUAUGAUGGAUAAACAUGAGGUUCUGAAGCCAACGGCAAUACAUUCAAAAAGCCCGAUAAAUGUUGAUGAGCUAGUAGGCAUGUCAAAAUUGAGUUUAGGGGAGCCUCUAGGUCAUUCUGGUCCGUCCUCGCUUACGCUUAAAAUGGUUGAAGGGUCGUCUAGGCAGUCUGCUUUCCAUGCAAAUCCGGGUUCCGGCAGUUCAAGCAUCGGUUCAGGUGGCAGUCCUAUCCAUGCAGUUUAGAGGGCCGCCGUGCCUUGGGAUGUCACAGGUUAAUGUUAAUACAAGACUAGAAAUGUGCAGUCUGGUUUGGAUUUGAGUUAUAUCUCUGUGGGUUUACGUUAAAAUCUUGUCAAAAUUAAUGAAAUCUUUAGCAUAUUGUAUUUUUGUCUUAAUGUUGAUUAUGUUGACAUUCUAGAGUUUAGCAACCCUUACCUAUAUAAUAGGUUUUCACUUAUAAAUUUGAAUAUAUUUUAAAUA